AUGACGGGUUGAUGAGCGGUGGGAGGUAGGCGGAGGGCAGUAGGUGGGGGUCACGUCAAGCUGUCCAAAAGCGACCAAUUAAACGAUUUGCUUUCGUUUCUGAUUGCAGUGAACGUGGUGGAAGCGUUGCAGGAGUUUUGGCAGAUGAAGCAGGCUCGAGGAGCGGAUUUGAGGAACGGUGCUCUAGUCAUCUACGAAUCAGUGCCGUCGGCCAGUCCGCCCUAUGUCUGCUACGUCACCCUCCCCGGCGGAUCUUGCUUCGGAAGCUUUCAGAACUGUCCCACGAAAGCUGAGGCCCGAAGAAGUGCUGCCAAAAUAGCUCUAAUGAACUCUGUUUUCAACGAGCACCCUUGUAGAAAAAUUUCGGAUGAUUUCAUAGAAAAGGCUGUGGCAGAAGCAAGGGCGUCUUUUAAGGGAGACCCGGAGGAGGCGGACAACCCGAACACGGGGAUCGGGGCGUUCCGGUUCAUGCUGGAGACGAAUAAGGAGCGGACGAUGCUGGAGUUCCAGGAGCUCAUGACCGUGUUCCAGCUGCUCCACUGGAACGGGAGCCUGAAGGCGAUGCGCGAGCGGCAGUGCUCCCGGCAAGAGGUCGUGGCGCACUACUCCAACCGAGCCCUGGACGACGACAUGCGCUCCCAGAUGGCCCUCGACUGGAUCGCCCGCGAGCAGGAGAACGCCGGCGCCCUCGGUCGGGAGCUGAACCAGGCCGAGCGGGAGCUCGAGACCGCCCGACUCGCCGGCCGGGAGCUCCGCUUCCCCAAGGAGAAGAAGGACAUCCUCAUGCUCGCACACAACCAAGUCAACGGCGGAUCCCUCUCCAGCUAAAAUUCGGCCCCCGAUCCCCAACCCAGCUCUAGCCCCACGCCUCAGCCUCCCGCCGCCCAACUCACUAAACCUAAUCAGAGGCAUAAUCAAAAUCCUCCCUCCUGUCCUCUUACAUCAAAGCCAAUGUAGCACUUUCUAGAACGACCCCACCCCCAAGUAGCAAACGAAAAGUUGCAGACAGUUUCGAUUUCUUAAAAAAAAUGUAUCUGCACUGAAACAAUUAAUAUGCUGUUUCAGCAUCCAGGAAGUCAAGAAUGUGUCUGGUGAUCCCACGAUGCUGCCUUUACUGCCCCUGCAGUUGACAUUACAUCCUGCGAAUGCAUCUUAGGACAAUCAGACACAUUUUUGACAUCCUAGGUGCUAAAACAGCAUACCAUUUAUUUGUGUGUCGCAGGCAAUGGAAUUCAUGCUAGGGCGGGUUCGAAGAUUUUCGAUUCAAGUAUACUGUCUUUGAUGUACAAUUCCGCGAGAAACACGAUAGUGCCACUGGCUCUCUUCGAAACUUUCGAGCUCGAAAAAAGCUCCUAAAGUUGAGGCCGUAGAGGAGGGGAUCCCCUACACUACGCUGCGAGUUCACCUCUAUGUACAGCCAAACUCAUCGUGCACAGAUAGGGAGGAAAUUCAACAGCAGGGUUGUCGUCCACACAAAGUGGCGACCCUGCUGAUAUGUUUACUCCCUAUCGGUGCAUAAAGAAUUUGACUGGAUGUACUUAGAGGGUGAUACUCGGCGAAGCGUGGGGGAUCUCCUCUAUGACGGCCUCAACUUUGACAGCUUGUUUUGAGCUUCGGAGUUUGCCUCAGAGCAACCCAAUGGCACCAUCGUGUUUCUGGCGAAUUUUUACGUGAAAAAUAGUAUACCUACUUUAAUCGCAAAUCCUUCAUACACGAAAGAGCUCCAUUAGCAGUCACCGGCUGUUACCGGUCGAAUGUAGUAAAGCAGUAGAGCAGUGCGGCAGUAUGAAUAGAAAAGCAUAGAAUUUAGAAAUAAAGUGACAAGAUCUUAGUGCUGAUUAUUAUUUUGCCUUUAAUUGGAAAAUACGCUUUUUCCUCCGUAGAAACAAUUUUAGGUAGAAACUGGCACACUCACGAAAACGUGUGGUGAAAUCCGUGGCCUUGGUUGGAUUUGGGUCGGACAGGCAAUUAAGCGAACGAUGCGAAGAAGCGUAGGGUAUCACGAGAAAAUGAAGGCGCUCCAAGCCGAGAUGGUGAUUUUAAAGGCCACCGAUUGAAACGCCACGAUCAUACGUUAUGCGAUUUUUAGUGACAACUCUAACUUAAGCCACUCGCAAAUCAGCGGCAAUGGCUAAUUGCCUCCAAUAUAUCCCCUGUCGUCGGCCUCCAGUUGUAAAAACUAUGUCAUGAAUUGAGAGGAUGAACAUGAGCCAUCACUAAAAAUGUUGAUAAAAGUGCAACCUCAUCAUGAUGUUCAGUUAAAUAGGUGCAGCCAAAUUGAAGGGAAUUCUAAUAAUUUGAUUUGCAAUCGCUUUUUAUAAUAAAAACAAUGCUACUUGGGUUCCGUCAAUCAUCGAUAAUAAUCUCUGAAUUUUAGGAAAUAUUUAAAAAUACUUAAAAAGCCAUAUCAUGCUGUGGUGAGUAGGAUUUCAAAAUACAAAAUUUGAGUGGUAAGUACUCUAGCAUGACUCCAAAAAUACGUCCCGAGUGAAUUUUUCAAUUUCAAGACAAAACAAUGAGUUUGGUACAACAGACACUAGGGGAAUAACUACUAUCCUUUCAAGUUCGUUUUUCCCAUCAAAUUUUGUACAUUAUUAUAUUAAUAGAAGCACUACAGCGUUUGGUAACUUUCGGAGGGAUAUUUUUAAAAAAAGUCUUACUUAGGUACCAAAAAUUAUCAGCUGAUUGAUUGACCACUGAACUGUUCUGAAGUUGUUGAAAAGUGUAGGUAUCACUUGACGCUUUCAGAUGGGACAAGACAGGGUCUCAGCCUAUGUAAUAGUGCUUGUUGGGCCAAAGCCUGAUGCUCAGCACUAUCAUUCAAUCCUCCAAUUUUAAAUAUUUUUAAUAUUAUCAAGCCAAAAUUUGUAGAAAAAACCAAUGUUAACUAAAUAGGAUGGAAUCCUGCUCAGCAUUCAAUAAUUCAAAAGCGGAGAAAACUGGGUGUGCUUUGCCAGUGAGUUAUGAAGAGCUGAAGAACAGAAAAAGUCUAUCAAAUACCUAAUACUCAAAAGCUUUCAAAGAAUAAAAAAGUAACAUUAUUUUUUUAGAAUAAGUGGGUAAUACAAAGCAACCUAUUUUAUCAGGGGCAUGAAUUCGGUAAAAUCUGUGAGGAAAUUAGAAAGAUAGAGUGAACUGGCUACUCUGCAGAAUUCCUAAAGUUCAAUCAUGUCAAUAGACUGGUUUUAAAACGUAUUAUGGUACUGUAAUUCCUUUGUAAUUUUGUGUACAGAUCAUUUUUUGUGUUCCGCCCAGCGGAAUUUGUGAUUCUAUGAGAUUUCGCUUAUUAUUGUAAGUUAUACUUAAGAUGGUGAUAUAUUUUUCUUGUAAAUACCUACUUGUAUCUCUACUUAUUUCCUCCUUUUUAAGUUUAGAGUUUAUAAAAUAAAAUUUACACGUAUACUGCGCCUAUCAAAAGACUUGUUGAUAUGUUGAAACAGAUCAUCAGAGGGAUGCAAUUUUUGCCACCAGAUUGUAUAAAAUUAAGACUUAGAGAAUAAUUUCCUAAACUUUUCUUGGCCGCUCUGAAUGGCCGCCUGUUUCAGGGAGAGAUCAAAAGGAUUUCAAAAGGAUCCUUAUGAAUACUUUUCACACCAAUUCAUUUUUUGCGGGGCUUCAUUUUGAUUUUGUUUGAAAGAUCAACUCAAAAAUUCAAUGAGCCAUUAGACAAGGUACGAAUUUAGGCAUUCUGAAGUAUGUUUCCUCUUUAAAAUUUUAUGCGGUACACGAUUUGUGCGACAAAAAUUACUGACAUGAACUCCCAACUAAGAUACAGGAAGGGCUGAUUUCAUAUUGAUCUUUCAAGUGAAACCAAGAUCAAGCUUCUAGCUAGCUUGCUGUUGGAAUCACAAGUUUAGUUCGGGUUCUUUCUGAACAUCCUAUGUAAAAAAAGAAAAGAAAAUCUGGCAGGAUUUAAAAAUUCCUUGAAAAUUGUUUUAACAAAAACUAACUGUGAGUAAAUUGAGAGGUACUGUUUUUACUCUACCUCACACUCUUCUAGAGAAUGAUGUAGUAAUUUUGCAGGUGAUGAUAGGCGACUAGAAAUUCCAAAUAAAAUUUGAUUGUGAAUAUGUACUUAAGUAUGACUGUAUGUAUGUUUGUUUGUUAAUAGAGAAUUUUAAAAUGAAUUAAUAAGCAUAUUAAAAAUUAAAAUUUUAUUUAGCAGCUGGUAUGAGCCCAGACUAGUCAAAACUUUUAAA